GAUCGUAAUAUUAUGCCGACGGGGAGCAGCUUCCAUCCCGCACGAGUCUACCGCGUCCUUCGAACUUCCUUCUCGCUCACUCCGGCGACGCUUUCGCGAGUUUUCGCAUACCGUGCGUUUCCGGCGCGCCAGUUUCUCGUUCGUAGAUUUUCCGCGCGCGAGUUCCGCUCAAGGAAAUGUCCCUUUUCUCCGUCAAAUUUCUCUGCACAGCGUAGCUCUCCGUCGCAUUCGCGAAUCUCAUGCUCCCACGGUGAUUUCUUUCGAUAGUCCCCUCGUGAAUUUCCAUGCCUUGGAAUUUGGGAGAAUUCCGCUUAAAAGUCGCUUAUCUGUCGCAUCACUAGUGAGCUUUUCGGUCGGCAAUACGCUUUUGUUUUUUUCAAAUUUUCGGUUGCAAGUUUUUUGACAACUCAUCUUAAUAACGAAAUAAUUGAGUUUGCUUGAUUGUUAAAAAGUGUGAGAGAAGUGCCCCAAAAUGAUAAAACAAAUCUAACAUAGUGAUUAGUAGCGUGACAUGCUAUUAUUUCUCUUGAAAUCUAAAGAAAGAAAAUAUCUACAUGACUCGAAAGGAUUGAGAAAUUUAAUGAGGAUGUCAUGCUUCGUGAAAGAAAUGUGAGUGAAUGCAACGAUAUGCAUCGUAGCGGCGUGCGACAAGCGAGAGGAACAUGCUGAAGGAAGUCGGCUGCGGUAACACCACACCCCCCGCCGGGGGACGGGGAGGUGGAACGAACAAUCGGCAGAUCAGCGCGAAUGAAGGCGGCGGGGGCGGCGGCGGGGGCGGCGGGGGGGCGGCGGGGGCGGCGGUAUCACCGGAGGGUGCUCUCGGUUGCGGUGGCUGCGGAAGGGAAAUCGCCGAGCGUUGGUAUCUAAGGGCGGCCGAUCGCGCAUGGCAUUGCGGCUGUCUGCGCUGCUGUCAUUGCCGGGUAGCCUUGGCCGCCGAGCUCACCUGCUUCGCCAGGGACGGUAACAUUUACUGCAAAGAGGAUUAUUACAGACUAUUUGCGGUGUCCCGAUGCUCCCGAUGUCGCGCUGGCAUUUCCGCCUCGGAACUGGUGAUGCGAGCGCGCGACUUGGUGUAUCACGUGGCAUGUUUCACUUGCGCCUCGUGCGGCACCCCGCUGAACAAAGGCGAUCAUUUCGGCCAGCGGGACGGACUGGUGUAUUGUAGACCACACUAUGAGCUGCUGUGCUGCGCCGGCGAUUACGGGGGUGCCGCCGGUAGCAUCGAGGACCUCGGCUCGCCGGGAAUGUCGCCGCUUCCGGCGUACUACGAGCAGAGCCCGAUCACCACCUCUGGCGCGGUGCAGAAGGGCCGACCGCGGAAACGGAAGCUGUCGGAAGUCACCGGCUCCGAGCUUCCCGUCACGAUGAGACUGGCCGCUGGAGCGCUCGAACUGUUGCAUCCCACGGAGCUGUCCUCGUCGAUGGAGUCGCUGGCUGCGUAUGAUGCGUCCGUAGGCUCUCCGGGACCAGUGCACCAGAAUCAGCGGACGAAACGUAUGCGCACCAGCUUCAAGCAUCAUCAGUUGCGAACCAUGAAGAAUUAUUUCGCGAUAAAUCAGAAUCCGGAUGCCAAGGAUCUCAAGCAACUCGCGCAAAAGACCGGCCUGUCAAAAAGAGUACUGCAGGUGUGGUUUCAAAAUGCACGCGCGAAAUGGCGACGAAACCUAAUGCGGCAGGACGGUAGCAACGUCAGUAGCAACGUCGGCUGUUCCGGGACGCCGGUAUCUUCCAGUACCGGCAAUUCUCCAAACGUGGGGCCGGCCGCGAGCAUACUCGGUGACAGCAACAGCAUGCCCUCGACCUCGAUGGAGGAACUGCACGCCCUUCAUCAUCUGCACUCAGGCGUCUCCUCUCAGGUCUCCUUUUCCGACCUCUACUGACGACGGCUUGAAAUGGAGGAGGACGCUUACAGCAGUCUCUCCAGCCAUCUUGGAUGAGGGAUUAUUGUGCUUCUUCGUGAAUCAACUUUGUGAAAGAACUCGGCAAGUCGAUGACAUGCGUCGAAAGUCUUAGCAAGAAACCUCACUGACGAACGCUAACGACGCUGAUGUAUCAUAACAGUUUACUUAAAUUACUGAAACUCUUUCUUUCAAAAGUCUGAAGUGUGAUUUUUAGUACUAGUACUAGUUUUCAGAACAGUUAUUUAAAUUUCACGAAAACCAUUGUAAUCUCGUGAGACAAACUUUAGUCGCGCAAGAUCAAUCAAAAUUAAAUGCCUGACCUUUCUUCAAGAUUAACAUAAAAACGUAAACAUUCGUCGAACUCAAUGAAGCAAGUGACUCAUCGGAGGAAUUUUCCUUCGACGAAAGCAGUCUAGUCAAGUAGAGUUUAGCGGGUAAUUUCAAGAACGAUUAUGGUUAAAUAAUCAGUGAUAAUAAUCAUAGUUCCAUGCACAUCCGAAUUAUCAAAAAUUACUAGAGGAGAUUAGUAAUAAUGUAAUCUAGAUAUGUAUGUAAAGAGGGUGUAUUAGCAAUUAUACCAAUAAUUAAUGAUGGAGCUUCGGGCACUAGAUAUAUGGGGUGUUCUGGAAAGAUAUGUAUGGCAGAAGCAUGGCAGAAAUAUUUAUAUGUUUGAAAAAAUUUUUGAAGCAAUUCCUUCUUAAUAAACAU